UUCAAGUGUCUCUGAAUUCUUUCUGCAGAUUGGGCAGAAAGCAAGAAUCCAUGAUGAGAAACCACACAAUAACAACAUUCAUCCUUCUGGGACUGACUGAUGACCCACGAAUCAAAGUUCUGAUUUUCAUCUUCCUUUUCUUUACCUACAUGUUGAGUGCAGCUGGGAAUCUGACCAUUAUCUCCCUCACCUUCAUAGAUUGCCGUCUGAGGACAGCCAUGUACUUUUUUCUCCAAAAUUUCUCUUUCUUGGAAAUCUCAUUCACAACGGCUUGUAUUCCCAGAUUUUUGUACAACAUAGCAACAGGUGACAAAAUCAUUACUUAUGCUGCUUGUGCUGCUCAAAUAUUUUUUACUUACCUCUUUGGGAUAACGGAAUUUUUUCUUCUGGCCACCAUGUCCUUUGACCGCUAUGUAGCCAUCUGCAAACCCUUGCACUAUGUAACCAUCAUGAAUAACAGAGUCUGCAAUAGGUUAAUCAUCAGCUGUUGGAUGGCUGGUUUGUGCAUCAUAAUCCCCCCUAGCCUGGGCCUCAAUCUGGAAUUCUGUGACUCUAACGUCAUCGACCAUUUUUUCUGUGAUGCCACUCCUCUGCUAAAGAUAUCGUGCUCAGACACACAGUUCAUAGAAAGAAUGAUUUUAGUGUGUGCUGUGCUGACAUUCAUCAUGACCCUUGUGUGUGUAGUUCUGUCCUACAUUUAUAUCAUCAUGACAAUUCUAAGAUUCUCUUCCUCUCAGCAAAGGAAAAAAGCCUUUUUGACCUGUUCUUCCCACAUGAUUGUGGUUUCCAUCACUUAUGGCAGCUGUAUAUUCAUCUACAUCAAACCUUCAGCCAAGAAAGAGGUGGCUCUUAAUAAAGGAGUUUCCCUGCUCAUUUCUUCUAUUUCACCCACGUUGAACCCUUUUAUUUAUACCCUGAGAAACGAGCAAGUGAAGAAAGCCUUGAAUGACUUGAUCAAAAGGAUUACGUUCUUCUUCAAAAAGUAA